AGAGAAACGGGUCGCGCGACCUUUAAACCCUUGUUGAAAUCUGAUUGGCUGAAAGCCACGCCCCCGUCUGUGGCCUGGUCACGUGACCUGAUAGUGGCGUUAUAAACAGAGUGUUUACUUCUCCUCAGCUGCAGAAACAAACCACCCCAAGGCUUUGACAGCAGGUUUUUACCGAGAUAAAUCACAUUGUUAUUAACUCUCAGAGGAUUUACAGACACGUGUUCAUUUUGUUUUGCCUUAAAACUGAGGAUUUGUUUUGAUUUUUGGGCAAAAGUAGCAGAAGUUGUGCAUUUCAGUGUUGAGGUGAAUUCAGCGUUAUUAAAGUUCAGCAGGCGACGUUUCUGAAUAAAUCACUGCAGCUUUUUAUCGGUGUGUAAACAGGCUUUAAAUCUGCAGUUAAAUGGCAGCGGAGGUGGAGGCGUGGAACUGCGCAGCUCAGCGCGACGGUGUGUUCUCAGUGGGGGCAGAUGAGGAGGCGGAGUCAGUGUAUGAUGAGGAGCUGAUUGACAGUGAGGUGAAUGGGAACUGGACUCCACAGGAAAAGGCUCUUCAUGAGGCCCGGCUCAAAGCAAAGGCUAAACGUCGUCUCAGGAAGUCGUCAUCAUCACGUGACUCCACCCGCGAUUCUCUGUCUGAAUGUGUGACCGGGGAUGUGCCUGACCCUCACAGCCCUAAAGGAAAAACGCAAACACACGACAGGAAGUCUCGCAUGGGAAAAGGACGAGGACUGCCCAAGAAAGGUGGCGCUGGGGGAAAGGGUGUGUGGGGAGCUGCUGGUUUGGUGUACGAGAUGGAAGAACCAGACUGUAAAGAUCCAAACUAUGAUGAGUCUGCACAGGGGGACACAGUAUAUGCCACAGUGGUUCCUGAGCUGGAAGAAGGAGAGCUGGAGAAGGUCAUGAACCCCAUCAUACAGGAGUACUUUGAACAUGGAGACACUAAAGAGGUGGAGAUGCUCCUGAAAGACCUGAACCUGGGACCGCGACAGUGUGUGUUCCCAUCUCUGGCUGUGUGUUUGUCUCUGGAGUGUAAAGCCAGUCAGCGUGAGCUCACGUCCCGCCUGCUGUCUGACCUCAUUGCAAAACAAGUCCUGAAUGAGGGUGACAUGACGACUGCCUUCAACCACACACUCACACAGCUGCCUGAGCUCAUCUUGGACACACCUGACGCUCCUCAGAUGCUGGGACAGUUUAUUGCCCGAGCCAUCGCUGACCACGCCCUGCCCAUGGACUUCCUGGACCAGUACAAAGGAAAAGUGGACUGUGAGCAUGCUCGGGCAGCUCUGGACCGAGCAUCAGUCUUGCUGUCCAUGAAGCGAGAGACUGUGCGAUUGGAUAACGUGUGGGGAGUGGGUGGUGGCCAGAGACCUGUCAAACUCCUUAUCAAAGAGAUGAAUCUGCUUUUAAAGGAGUACCUGGUCUCAGGUGAGCUGUUGGAGGCGGAACAUUGUCUGCGCGACCUCGAGGUUCCACACUUCCACCACGAACUGGUCUAUGAGGCGGUGUUGAUGGUGUUGGAGUCUAAUGGAGAUGCAGCAAUUCAGUCGAUGGUGAUACUGCUGCAGUCAUUUUGGAAGUCUGGACUCAUCACACUGGACCAGAUGAACCGGGGCUUCCAGCGUGUGUAUGAUGAGCUCCCGGAGAUCAGCCUGGAUGUUCCUCAUGCUCACUCCAUCAUGGAGACGUUUGUGGAUGUUUGUCAUCAGCAGUCUGUCAUCACCAAGCAGCUCAGAGAUGCCUGCCCCUCCAGGGGGAGAAAGCGGUUUGUGAGUGAAGGAGAUGGAGGGAUCAUUAAAAGCUGAAGAUGGAGCGGAGAGAACGAACACACACACACACCCACACCAAGUUUGAGUUUUAAGUGGUGAUGUAAGGAUUUAGGCAGAGUUGAAUUUGGUCACAGUUAAUUUGCAUGUAAAAAAAAAAAAAAAAAUGAAGCACUUAAAGAUACACAGCUGUGCUUACAUACUAAUACAUUCACACACUCUCAGACAGUUUUUUUUUUUUUUCCCCAUCUGAAGUUAUUAUUGAGUAAUUAUUGAGCUUUUACUCAGGCAUGUUGCACUGUGUGUGGGUGUGUAUGUGUGCAUGCAGAGUGAAAGCUUUUUUGGCCUUGGCAUUAAAUUCACACAUUUUCACACUGUGUAUUACAAAGAAAAAAAUAAAGAUUUUCUGCAUUUUC